AUGGAAACCCAUUUCAAGAAGCUCCUAACAUGCAGUUCUUUUGCUGAUGUUGCUUCCAGAGAUGGGAGCACCUUCACGUUGAUCCCCACUGUAACAAUGGCCACCACUAGCACUGAACUGACCUCCACUCCAAAUGGGAGCAUCAUCAUGUGGAGCCCCAGCAUAGAAAUGGCCAACACCACCACUGAACUGACCUCCACUCCAAAUGUGAGCACCGGACUGACCACCACUCCAAAUCCCUGCAACAACUACACUCCUCUGGAUCAACCCUGGAGAGCCACUAAUACAACUGGGCUGAACAUCUGUGACAGAUACUUCAACUGGAAUGGCUGGUAUCGGCUGCUGUAUUAUGGGAUGAGUGUCCGUAUGGCAGACAGCUGUGUUAAUCAAUACAGAUGUGGUACAGAUAUUGCUCUGUGGCUGAAUGGUUCUCACCCUCAGAUAGAGGAUGGAAUAGUCACUCGUGGGGUCUGUGGGAGGUCAGGAAAUGAUUGCUGUUACUACAAUUCCACCCCAAUUCGAGUUAAAGCCUGUCCAGGAAACUAUUACGUCUAUGAGUUUGUGAAGCCAAAUGUUUGUGAUGCUGCUUACUGUGCAGACACUACAAACAACAUCACGUCUGACCCCUGCAGUGUCUACAGUGAUCUUAAUAAUGACUGGAGAAAAACAGAAAGUAGGUUCUACUCCAGCUACAGUGGCUUUGAUGACACCCUUGUUGAAUGGAGUGGCUGGUAUCGUCUGUAUCUUCAGGGAAAAAGUGCUCAGAUUCCUGAAUCUGAUUGGUGUUGGAGUUCUAUGUCCUGUGGUGGUUACACUGCACUUUUACUUGGUGGAUCUCAUCCUCGACCACAGGACGGCAUCGUCACCCGAGACAUCUAUGGCACUUAUGUCUAUUCUAAUGAUAGUAGGCAAUGUAAUUCCUACAGGUCAAACCCAAUCCAAGUCAAAGCCUGUCCAGGAAAUUACUACGUCUACAGACUCGUCAAGCCAGCUGUAUCAAUUCCAAUGCCCACAUACUGUGCAGCUACAUUUAAUGAUCCCUGCAACAACUACACUGCUCUGGAUCAACCCUGGAGAGCCACUAAUGCGAGUGGACUGAAGAUCUGUGACAGAUUCUUCAACUGGACUGGCUGGUAUCGGCUGCUGUAUUAUGGGAUGAGCGUCCGUAUGCCAGACAGCUGUGUUAAUCAAUACAGAUGUGGUACAUAUUACACUCUGUGGCUGAUUGGAUCUCACCCUCAGAUAGAUGAUGGAAUAGUCACUCGUGGAGUCUGUGGGAGGUCAGGAAGUGAUUGCUGUUACUACAGUUCCACCCCAAUUCGAGUUAAAGCCUGUCCAGGAAACUAUUACGUCUAUGAGUUUGUGAAGCCAAAUGUUUGUGAUGCUGCUUACUGUGCAGAUGUGAACACCGUCACUACGAACACCGGCCAGACAAGUGCGCCCAGUGUUGCUGCGUCACAGAUAAACACUAACACUACAAACAACAUCACGUCUGACCCCUGCAGUGUCUACAGUGAUCUUAAUAAUGACUGGAGAAAAACAGAAAGUAGGUUCUACUCCAGCUACAGUGGCUUUGAUGACACCCUUGUUGAAUGGAGUGGCUGGUAUCGUCUGUAUCUUCAGGGAAAAAGUGCUCAGAUUCCUGAAUCUGAUUGGUGUUGGAGUUCUAUGUCCUGUGGUGGUUACACUGCACUUUUACUUGGUGGAUCUCAUCCUCGACCACAGGACGGCAUCGUCACCCGAGACAUCUAUGGCACUUAUGUCUAUUCUAAUGAUAGUGGACAAUGUAAUUCCUACAGGUCAAACUCAAUCCAAGUCAAAGCCUGUCCAGGAAAUUACUACGUCUACAGACUCGUCAAGCCAGCUUUAUCAAUUCCAAUGCCCACAUACUGUGCAGUUGCGUUCAACACUCCCAGUUAUGAUCCCUGUAAUAACUACACAUCUCUGGAUCAAACUUGGAGAGCCAUUAAUGAGACUGGAGGGUCCUACUGUGAUAGAAACUUCACCUGGACUGGCUGGUAUCGGCUGCUGUAUAAUGGGAUGAGUGUCCGCAUGCCAGAGAGCUGUGUUAAUCAGUCCAGAUGUGGUACUGAUGUCGCUCUGUGGCUGAAUGGUUCUCACCCUCAGAUAAAGGAUGGAAUAGUCUCUCGUGGAGUCUGUGGGAGGUCAGGAAGCGACUGCUGUUACUACAGAUCCACCCCAAUUCAGGUCAAGGCCUGUCCAGAAAACUAUUAUGUCUAUGAGUUUGUCAGGCCAUUCAUCUGUAAUGCAGCUUACUGUGCAGUUAAUUUUAAAGAUCCCUGCAACAACUACACUGCUCUGGAUCAACCCUGGAGAGCCACUAAUGCAACUGGACUGUGGAUCUGUGACAGAAACUUCAACUGGAAUGGCUGGUAUCGGCUGCUGUAUUAUGGGAUGAACAUCCGUAUGCCGGAGAGCUGCGUUGCUUUAUCCAGAUGUGGUACAGAUAUCACUCUGUGGCUCAAUGGUUCUCACCCUCAGAUAGAUGAUGGAAUAGUCACUCGUGGAGUCUGUGGGGGUUCAGGAAGUGACUGUUGUUACUACAGAUCCACCCCAAUUAGAAUUAAAGCCUGUCCAGGAAACUAUUACGUCUAUGAGUUUGUGAAGCCAAAUGUUUGUUAUGCUGCUUACUGCGCAGAUGUGAACACCGUCACUCCAAACACUGCCCAGAUGAAUGCGACCAGUGUUGCUGCAUCACAGAUAAACACUGACACUGCAAACAACAUGACUUCUGACCCCUGCAGUCUCUACACUGUUCUUGAUAAUGAAUGGAGAAGAACAAACAGUGUGUUCUACACCAGCUACGGUGGCUUUGAUGACACUCUUGUUGAAUGGAGUGGCUGGUAUCGUCUGAAUCUUCAGGGAAAAAGUGCUCAGAUUCCUGAAUCUGAUUGGUGUUGGAGUUAUAUAACCUGUGGUGGUUACACUGCACUUCUACUUGGUGGAUCUCAUCCUGUACCACAGGACGGCAUCGUCACCCGAGACAUCUAUGGAUCCUCAGUUGACAGCAGACAAUGUAAUUCCUAUAGAUCAAACCCAAUCCAAGUCAAAGCCUGCCCAGGAAAUUACUACGUCUACAGACUCAUCAAGCCAGCUUUAUCACUUCCAAUGCCCACAUACUGUGCAGCUGCGUUCAUUGAUCCCUGUAAUAACUACACUGUACUGGAUCAGCCCUGGAGAGCCACUAAUGAGACUGGAGGGUCCACCUGCGAUAGGAACGUCAUCUGGAAUGGCUGGUAUCGGCUGCUGUAUAACGGGAUGAACGUCCGUAUGGCAGACAGCUGUGUUAAUCGAUCCAGAUGUGGUACUGAUAUCACUCUGUGGCUGAAUGGUUCUCAUCCUAAGAUAGAGGAUGGAAUAGUCACUCGUGGAGUCUGUGGGAGGUCAGGAAGUGACUGCUGUUUCUAUAAUUCCACCCCUAUUCAAGUCAAAGCAUGUCCAGGAAACUAUUACAUCUAUAAGUUUGUCGGGCCAACAUUCUGCACUGCAGCUUACUGUACAGAUGUGAACACCAUCACUCCAAACACCACCCUGACCUCUACAACCAGUGUUCCACCAUCAAAUACAAACACUACUGCGUUCAUUGAUCCCUGUAAUAACUACACUGUGCUGGAUCAGCCCUGGAGAGCCACUAAUGAGACUGGUUUGUGGAACUGUGACAGAAACUUCAACUGGAAUGGCUGGUAUCGGCUGCUGUAUAACGGGAUGAACAUCCGUAUGGCAGACAGCUGUGUUAAUCAGUCCAGAUGUGGUACUGAUAUCACUCUGUGGCUGAAUGGUUCUCAUCCUAGGAUAGAGGAUGGAAUAGUCACUCGUGGAGUCUGUGGGAGGUCAGGAAGUGACUGCUGUUUCUAUAAUUCCACCCCUAUUCAAGUCAAAGCAUGUCCAGGAAACUAUUACAUCUAUAAGUUUGUCGGGCCAACAUUCUGCACUGCAGCUUACUGUACAGAUGUGAACACCAUCACUCCAAACACCACCCUGACCUCUACAACCAGUGUUCCACCAUCAAAUACAAACACUAACUAUUUAAUAAUUUUGUACGUAGCUAUUGGAAUUGCACUUUGUGGGAUUGCAGCUUUUCUUGCGGUAUAUUUUUGGAGAAGACGCAGGAGAAAUGAGGUGAACGAUGAAAAUAUGGAUGAAGAAAUCUACAAUGAUGCAAUCAGUCCUCCAGUGUACGAGACUCUACCAACUUGAAGAAACAACACUGAUCCACUUAAACUGCCCCAACAGAGAGAGACGGAGAUUUUUUUGCUUAUAUACUAUUAACAAUUUAAAAGGUUUAACUCAAACUGC